AUGAACUCAAGGCAGUUCCUGGACAAGCCCAAAACUGUCAACAUCCAAGAAGACGAAAUAAUGGUCUCGUUUGACAUCACCGAUCCGUUCACUUCCAUCGACUUGUACCUGGGAAGAUUCACAUUGCAGGAAUUGAUAGCUGAGCACCCACUAAACCAACCGAUGGAACCAGCUGCAAUUUUCGGUCGCAUGAAACUAUGCAUACAGACGUACUUCGAAAUCGAGGGUGAGAUUUACCAACAGCCGAAAGGAACACCAAUGGAAUCACCAAGUUCUUGA